CUUGUCACGGCCACUGCAAAGUGGGGCUGGAGCCGCCGAUGGGAAAACGAAACCAGCCGAGCACCGUGGCUCUUCGGGGGAGGGCAGAGGACUCUGGCUGUGCGGGGCGUGGCAUCAUGUCACAGAGCGUUAAUCUUGCGAUUAAAAAAAAUUAUCGCCGUUAAAAUUGAGUCAAGUUAAAGCGUUAAUAACGCGACAUUUUUGACAGCACUACUUUUAACAUUUUGAAUAGUUAAAUAUGUGUGUUAUUAUAAUCAGUGUUGAAAAGAUAUAACAAAUUAAGUUUAAUUUGGGAGUGGUACAACAAGCAAAUGGCACUCAUUCGGUGGAAUGUCCCAUAACAUCAUACAUGUUGAAUGUCACAGAACUGAUUCUUGCCUUAUUUCAGUUAUAUCACAAAUACUUCACUCCUCUACUGUUAGGCCUUUUGUGUGGAUGACCAUGCCAAGCAUAAACUAAAGUGUUUGGGACAUUUUCUAAGUACAGAAUAUCUAUUUUUCUCAAGGCUAACUGGCUUUCUAUAUUCUUAUGAAUUUCAGCCUCUGUGCUAAACUUAUUUGCAUCUCAGUUCCUCUUUAUGCAAACACCUGUAAUAUGCAACUCAUCUGCUGGAAUAAGGGAAAGAACGAGGCCCAGAGACUGAGUGCAGUGCAUCCAUUAUUUAAAUGUCGCAGAUGUAUCCCAAAAAUGAAGACUUUUUUUUUAAGUCUGUGUACACUAUAUGGCUAAAAGUUUGUGGACACCGGACCAUCAUACCAUAUGUGGGUCUUCCCCAAACUGUUUCUACAAGGUUUCUUUCCUCCAAGCUCUCCAGUCAGAUAUAACAAGCAAGGAGAUGAAGAGAGAAGUGAGUGCUGCUGUAACCUUCCUGAAACGCUUGGCCUUGGAGCGAGGACAUGUUGAUGAAGAUAAGGCCAAAGUGUUUGCCACUAAACUGCAAGAGCUGUUGUGUGAGAAGUACACAGAUCACUGGUACCCAGAAAAUCCUAACAAGGGACAGGCAUACAGAUGUAUCAGGAUAAACAAGAGCACACCAUGUGACAACUCUGUGCUCCAAGCCUGUGAGGAAAGCAAGCUAAGACCAUCAGAGCUGGGUCUUCCCUGUGAGCUCACGUUAUGGAUUGACCCACUUGAGGUGUCUGCACGGUCAGGUGAAAAUUGCAGGCAUUUCACAGUGGCUCAUUUCAGUGAGGAAGAGGGGGAGGAGGAGUUAGAAGAUAAGGAGUCCAAUUUGCAUCACGAAAGCUCCGAUCCGGUGAACGUGGAGACAUCGGACUACCACUCGGCGACCUCUUCAGAUUGCGGCUCGGACGAUUCUAGUGAUGCAGACGAGGAGAUAAAGGAAGGAGAGGUGGAGAAAGAGAAAGUAAAAGAUGAGAAAAGGGCUGAUGACAAGCCUUUUGUAAUUGCUAUGAGACCCAGAGUGAGGGAACCAAAGCCACAGAAAAUCCCCACAUCUCGGCUUGCAGGACUUCAGUACUUCUACCACCCAACAGCAGUGUGGUCUCAGUACAAGAAGAAGAAUCCUGUGUUGCUCACAACUGUGUGCACUCCCCCACCUGCUCCUGUUCUUGGCUACUACGUUUUCCAGAAACCUCCACCACAGUUUAUCAUGCCUCAUGCCAGUCUGCAGCCCUGGGGGGUAGCCAAAGGAUAGAAGGCACUAGGAAAGAUAAGUACAAGACGGUAUGAUACCUGGUGAAGCUUCUUUCCAAUUGAAUGGUUUUAACCCUCAUGUUCUGUUUAUUACUUAGCAAUGAAUGUCCCAAAAUAUGAGAGCUCAAUAUUUUAGCAUAAUUUGAAAUACCCAUUUGUAAUGUAUCUUUGUUAAUAUGCGCAGUAUGAAUAGAAACAGCAACAAAAACAUUUCACACACAAG